AAUAAAACAAUAUGUCAUCAAAAGUGUGGAUAAGGUUUGAGAAGCAGAACAGAGACGGGACACUGAUGAAGCUGAGGAUACAGGACCUGCCGUCGGAGAGGAUUGAGGAAGCCACAGAGCUCAUGGUGAAAUACUUCGCCAGGGAUGAGCCUUAUCGAAAAGCGACAGGUUUUCCAAAUAACCCAGAAGCAUUAGAAGAAUACAGAGAUUACAUAAACAAAAUAUUCCGUGACCCUGCCAGUCGCAACGUGAUGUGCUGCGAUGAUGACGAGGAUAACCAGGACAUUAUUGGGGUCUCAUCGGUGGCUGUAGCUACCGAGUCGUAUUGGGACAUGACCGCUGGCAAAGGGACAGAAGAAGCGAAGAAGAUCAACGCGAUCUUCUACGACGUGUCCCACUCGUUCGACCUCUUGAAGGAGUUCAACCUCUCGUCCUACUACUCCGGGAAAUCUUUGGUGGUUGUGCCGGAGUACAGGGGUUACGGGAUCGCGGAGAAGUUUCUGACAGUGAGACGCCUAAUGUGUGGAGCCCACGGCAUACCAAUGACAGCCGCGUGGAUGUCCACCUUCGCAACCCAGAUAGCCGCCGAAAAAGACGGCUGGCAGACCCUCUGUGAGCUGGACUAUGCGGAUAUUGCCCAGAGGCAUGGCGUUCGCUUUGAAGGAAUACCCCCCACUAAUAAAUACAUGGCGGCUUGGCCCCUUCCUUAACCAGAUAGCCUUGGUA